AUGUCUUUAAUCAAGCUGCCAUUGCUCAAGCCCUUGAAAAUUGCGUUGUUACAGCUUUCCGCUGGCGCAAACAAACAGACCAACUUGCUUAACGUUGAAAAUCAUGUUGCUGAAGCAUUGAAGUUGAGGCCAGACACCGAUUUGAUCAUGUUGCCCGAAUGUUUCAAUUCUCCUUAUGCUGUUGACAAGUUCAGAGAGUAUAGCGAGGUGGUUUCGGUAAAGGAUGGUGAAACCACAAAGUUUUUAUCGAAUUUGGCGAAAUCGAACAAUGUUUUCCUCGUCGGUGGUUCAAUCCCUGAGCUCGACCCAGUCUCGAACCAAAUAUACAACACCUCCUUGACCUUUGACCGAAAUGGGGAGUUGAUUGGCAAACACAGAAAGGCGCAUUUGUUUGACAUUGAUAUCAAAGGUGGAAUCAGAUUUAAGGAGAGUGAUUCUUUGAGUCCUGGUAAUAAAGCGUCCUACUUCAAUUUAAAUGAGUUUGGAAAUAUUGGGCUAGGCAUCUGUUACGACAUUCGAUUUCCCGAGCUAGCAGCCAUUGCACAAAGAAAGGCCAAUGCCUUUGCCAUGUUCUACCCUGGAGCCUUCAACACCACGACUGGGCCCUUGCACUGGCACCUAUUGGCGCGAUCCAGAGCAGUUGACAACCAGUUCUUUGUGGUACUCUGCUCGCCAGCCAGAGACUUGAGCUCCAGCUACCACGCCUACGGCCACUCGUUGGUUGUUGAUCCCAACGGCAACAUUGUUGCUGAAGCAGGCACUGACGAAGAAAUCCUCUUUGCUGAGCUCGACCCCAGCUUGCUUCCCACUGUGAGAAGCUCGAUUCCCAUCACCUUCCAGCGCCGAUUUGACAUCUACGACGACGUCGCCUCCAGCUACACUCCUGCUGCCAACUAA